AUGUCGGCAUAUACGGAGGAAGUUUUAAUUUCAAAACUUAACAAACUUGUUGACACUCAAGAAUCUAUUUCUUUGCUCUCACAGUGGUUUAUGUACCAUCGGCGGCAUGUUGCGACUAGUGUGGAUAUAUGGAAUCGUGAACUUCGAAAGGCAUCAUCUGCACGGAAACUUUCAUUUAUAUACCUUUGUAAUGACGUUUGUCAAAAUAGCCGACGAAAAGGUUUAGAAUUUACCCAAGAAUUCAAAAAAGUUCUUCCAGAUGCCAUGGAACACACGUAUCGCCAUGCAACAGCUGAUGUUCAAGGUAUUAUAAGGCGAGUUAUCAACAUAUGGGAUGAAAGAGAAGUAUUUGACAAGGACUUCCUAGACGAGUUGCGAAGGCGUUUCACAGGUCAAAAAACUCUUAAAUCAGAACAACAACUGAUACAAUCAGUACUUAAUACACCAUCACAUCCAUGCCGCCCGGACAUUGCAAAGUUAAUGACUGCAACACAAUCUAUUUCAGAAUCAGAAUCAAUCGUGCAUGAAUAUGGAAAUAAAGUUGCGAAGAUUUGGUCGGAAGUAAUGGAAGCGGAAGAAAAACCUAGUCCAUCCAUACUUUCACAACAACUUGACCAUCUUCUUCGCGUGCUUACUGAACAUCAAAAUCUUGUCUCGAAAAAUAUUACAAAUCGAACACAACUAAUCAAUCAAAUGAAAGAGAUAAUGGCACAGGAAGAAAUGAGAUUAAGGCUAGAUAAUAAAAGCCUACUGGAUACUCAAUCUAAAAUCAAUGAAACUAAGGAAUGCAUAGAACAGUUAAGAUCAAUAAGCGAUUUUCGGUAUAAUGCGAUCCCAGAUAGAAAUAAAAAUAAGCAUAAUGGUGAGUCUCGAUAUGAACCAAACGGUGAAAAUCGGCAAAAGGAUCAACAACAACAACACGCCAUUAAAGAGAAUGAGUCUAAACCAAGAUCAAUAAAAACAAAUGAAGCAUCGCAACAAUUAAUGAAGGUAGAAGAGGAAUCUCAAGAAAGUACUUCGUCAAGCUACGAUCCUUCGAUUCAUUUGACUUUGCCGCCAUCAUCAUUUACCUCUGGAUCAAUGUUACCGUCAGAAACUCAACUAUUUGGAGAUUCGUUUUCUCUUAUGAACGACCAACUGCAGGUUCCUUAUCAAAGUACGUCCAUUUCUUCUUCUAUAUCGAAUUCACCGGCACCUUCCAGCAAUAGUGAUGAAUACAGUGAUCCUUUAGUAUCCACGGACCAUAGAGGAUGA